AUGUCCCGUAGUAUCUCUGGCUUGUGCCUAGCGACGUUUCUUACAAUCAGGUCGGGUACACCAUCAGGUCCCGGUGCCUUUCCUCGGGGGAUCCUGCUGCUGAGCUCCACAAUUUCCGUUCUGGUGACCGCUGGGAAGUCAUGGGUUUCCAUGCGUGGUGGCCAGGCGAUGGUUGCCUCCCUCGGGAAUAGAGCGUCGACGAUCGAUUCCACUCUUCCUGGCGUGGAAAGUCCGGGAAUGGGUCUCCUACCAACUAGUUUUUUGGUCACCAAUUUGUAUGGUAGGCCCCAUGGAUCCACUUCUACCUGUUUCAGUAGGUCGUUCCAGCUGUUCCGUUUGCUGACUCUGAUGGCCACUUUCAGUUCUUUCCUAGCACGUCCAAACUCCUCCCGCCUUUGA